CCAGGGCAGGGACCAAGUGAGCAAGGGCUGCAGGCUGCCACGGUCAGCGCUGGGGCUGGCCUGGGCUCCCGGACCCAAGCCCCACGAACAGCCCCAGUGGCGCGGUGGCGCGGGCGAGCCGAAGAAAGGGGACCUUUAUGCCUUUUGGGGGAACCACACAUUCUGCGAGGCCGUGGAAACAAAGAGAGGAACUGUUUGUAGCCCUAGUCCCGACGUCCCAAACCAACACAGUUCUGUGAGAUCGAUAGUUUGUGUCCCCUUCCUGUGCUCUCUUGGAGAAAACUGACAGCACAGAAACCAAAUGACUUGCCUUGGCCCUGCAAUGAUUUUGAAGAAAAGUUAGUAAAAGCAAACAGCCCCCUUCUCGAUGACGUCUCUCAGAAGCUGUUCAGGCCCUUCCACUCGGAUCGCUCUUUGACCAGAACUGGGGCACACUUAGCUGCCGACUCUGGCCCCUUCGAGGACACCAUGAUAUCCUUCAUACUCCACCUGAAGUCCUGCCUUCUGCCUGCUAUCAGGACCCUGAUUCUACAAAAGAAACCAAACAUCAGGAGUGUGUCCGGCAUGGCUGGGGGGCUCCGACCAGCCAGCGUGGUGGUCCUGCACCGGUCCCUGGCUCCAGCCUUUGAAAAGUUCUGCCAAGCCAACGAUGGCCCUCUGCCCCUGCUGGGUCUCUGCGAGCCAGGCACGUGGUCCCUGCCUGCCCCGAACGCAGUCCCAGACCCCAGGAUGGGCCGUCCCCAGUUCCGCAAGUACGAGUUCGGUGCCUGCACGGGCAGCCUGACCUCGCUGGAGGGACACAGGGAGCUCCUGAAGGACAUGGUGGCCUUCUGCUUGGACUGCAGCUUCUCCCCGGAAGCAGCCCUGGAGAAGGUGGGGCUCCCCAGAAGAGACUCCCCAGGCCACGGCCUCGCGGGGGCCUACAAGACAACCGUGCCUUGUGCCUCCAUGGCUGGCUUUUGCUGCCCCCUGGUGGUCACAAUGAGGCCCAUCCCCAAGGACAAGCUGGAAAGGCUGGUGCAGGCCGGCGGCUCCAUGGGAAAUAAGGGACAACCCAUUCAUAUCGGCGACCCAGAAUGGCUGGGAAUCAAAGAUCUUUCCAAACCUGACUACGGGGAUCCUGUGGUGUGUCAGCCAGGGGACGUCCCAGUGUUCUGGCCUUCUCAGAUGACCAGUCUUGAAGCCGUCAGCAGCUGCAAGACCCCGCUGGCUUUCACCAGUGCACCGGGUUGCACCGUCAUGACCAACCUGAAGGAUACAGAAGCUCCAGCCCGUUGUCUUACCCCUGAGGGAAUUCCAGAGGUCCAUCACAUUUCCCAAGAUCCUUUGCACUACAGCAUGGCAUCGGCUUCAGCUGUUCAGAAGAUUAGAGAGCUAGAGGCUAUAAUUGCCAUCGACCCAGGCCAGCGGGGGAUCAGACACCUGCUUGGAAGAGAUGAGCUGCUGCGAGCCUCCCUGUCACUGUCCCAUGCCCGCUCUGUGCUCGUCACCACUGGCUUCCCCACACACUUCAACCACCAGCCCCCAGAAGAGACGGACGGGCCACCGGGAGCCGUGGCCCUCGCCGCCUUCCUGCAGGCCUUGGGGAAGGGGGUCUCCAUGAUCGUUGACCUAAGAGCCUUGAGUUUGUUCGAGAAGCUUAUGGAAGAGGCUGUUGAGCAAGGUGUUCUGAAGACAGCAGUCCCCUUGCUAACUUUCCAAGGUGAAUCAGUGGGAGCUGCUCAAACAUUUCUCUGCAAAGAUGGGGACCCCAAGUCACCGAGAUUCGACCAUCUGGUGGCAAUAGAGCGUGCAGGAAGGGCUACCGAUGGCAAUUACUACAACGCCAGGAAGAUGAACAUCAAGCACUUGGUUGACCCCAUUGAUGACCUUUUCCUGGCAACACGGAAGAUUCCUGGAAUCUCAUCCACUGGGGUUGGUGAUGGGGGCAAUGAGCUUGGGAUGGGCAAAGUCAAGGAGGCUGUGAAGAGACACAUACGAAAUGGGAAUGUGAUCGCCUGUGACGUGGAGGCUGACUUUGCCAUCAUCACUGGUGUUUCUAACUGGGGAGGCUAUGCCUUGGCCUGUGCGCUGUACAUCCUAAACUCAUGUGAGGUCCACCGACAUUACCUCAAGAAGGCAGUUGGGCCCUCCAGAUCACCUGGGGAGGAGAAUUGGACUCAAUCCCUUCCAUCUGUUGCCAAGGAAGAGAAGAUGUUGGGCAUCCUAGUGCGGCACAAGGUCCGGAGUGGAGUGUCAGGGGUCGUGGGCAUGGAGGUGGACGGGCUGCCCUUCCAUGGCACCCAUGCCCAGAUGAUCCAGAAGCUGGUGGAUGUCACCACAGUGUGUAUGUGACUGUGCUUAUGGCCCAUGUACCAGAUGGUCAUGCCUGGACAUGAGAAAGUGUUACCCAAGGGUCCCAGCUUCUUUCCACAAUAGCCUUGCACAUGAACCCUGGCUCUGGGUGAGCCCUGCCCAGGGUCCUACAUGACCACUGCCUGGGACAGGGUCGCGCGGAUGAUACAGACCCAAGGAGAACCGUUCUUUGGGGUUUCCGGUUUUUUUCUUUUCUUCCUGAGUACGUGGAGGCAUUGAUUUCAACCCUCCUCCCCCUGGGCACCCACGUGGUCUGCUCUGAGAGUCUUCUGAUCAGUCACGUACGGGGACACCAGCAAAAAUAUUCCUUGCCAGGCAGACACAAGAGUAGGCAUGACCGGGACCGUGAAUAAUCCCACAGGCUAAUUAAGAAAUACUAAAAUGUACAAAUACGUAGUGCCUAUUUACGAAGCUCUGGGACUUUACCACCAGUACCAAAAUAUUUAUACUUUUGAAAGGCUUUCUUAUUCAAACAAUGUUUUGUUUAUAUGGUCCUUCAAACCUGAUGUUUCUCGCCAUCACCUCCUGUAUGCCCCCCGCCUCUGUUUACCCCCACAGGUCCUGGCACCCCUCCACCCACCCUCCCCGCAGAGCCUGACACUUCUCCCACUCCUUCCCUAUAUGCUCAGCCCCAGCCAGGAGCCAGCGGCUUUGGCCUUCCCACAGAGGAGGACAGGCACCCUCCCGAGCUGGGGGCUGGGUUGGGAUGGUGUUGGGCUCAGGUGCCUCAUGGGAUCCUUCCGGACAACUGUAGUCAGCUGGCCCACAUCUCCUUCACCAUCUUGCACUGCAUAUUUCCCAAGAAAAUUAGAAGUAGAGUCACUGACCACAUCCCAUUGCAGUCCCGUAUUGAACCGGGACAGUACCUUGUGCUGGCUCACGGCUGAGCGAUGGCUGACUCAUCCAGAUGGCGGAGUCUGGCUUCCCGGCCAUAGCCCCAAAUGCUUACUGGGGCUUCUUCAUUUUAUUUCCUUAAACACGUCUACUCCAGUUCUUUAAGGGGCCUUAGUUGUAAAGCGUGGAACACAUGCUACCCCAAAUUGUCUACCCAGCUGUAGAAGUUAAAGCCUGAGUUUACAGUAAGCAAUCUGGGAUUCACUUCCAGUGCACCCUACACCAGGGCAUGGCCAAGAGCCCCUGGCCGGAAGCAGCUGGGGUGGGGACCGUCCAGACCUCCCCUUGUCAUUUUGGCCAAGUGUCCCCCUACAGGUCUGUGCUUCUGCUGGUGUGAGCUCAGAGCUGAUGUGCUCAUUUAAUGAGCUCACGCUCCCUCCACCUGCAGUUUCUCACAGCUCGCCGAGUCCCUCCCAGCCCCAGGCUUCAUGGGCCAGGGGUCCUCCAGGGACAGUUUUGGUCCUGAUUUGCAAUGGCAAAGCUCCAUGUCAGGCAGGCCUCUGAGAGCGUCCCCUGGCAUUUUUGAAGUCUCGAUGGCUAGGAGAGAGAAAAACCCCACUUCGGUAAAGCUGCCAUCACUCUUCUGAUUCAUAUUUUGGAGAAAGACACUAAUGGGCCUUUGGUUUUGCAAUAGUAAUAAGAGAGUUCUGUUCUGACGUGCAGUGGUUUAAGGCAGGACCGUGUAAUAGAUUAUCUGCACUGUGGUCAGAAGUUUAUGGGGAGAUGAUACACUUGUUUGGGAAAGAGGCUGAGACCCAGGUGGAGCCCAGAGAAGGCUGAGAGUGGGGGGUUCUCGCUCUGGAUUGAGGCACCCAGAGGCCCCCCUGCAGGGAGAAAGGGGCUCAGGUGCAAGAGAGAGCCAGGAGUAUACCCCUUCGCUGGGCCUAGCCCAGGGACCUCUAGAGCUCUGAGCUCCAGGAUUCGGUUUUCAUGUGUUUCUGUCCCACAGUAGAGAUUCCUGGUCAAGCCUUUAGUAAAGUUUUUCUCAAAUAUGUCUCAUCUUGGCCAUGUUUUGAUAAAGAGCCUGUGUCUUCGUCUGGGGUAACAUGGUGAGCAUGGCUCUGACCUUGGGGAAGCCAGUUACAGCAGGACAAGAGUGACCCACAGGGAAUGGUAGGGCAGCUCAGGAGAAGAGAUGGGUUAGGGCAUCCAGUAGAUUGGAUUUGUGGGGCCGGUGAACAUCUCUGGUCAUUUCCAGGAAUUUAGGGGUCUCCUGGCAAGCAGGGUCUAGGGUGCUCUUUGGGUGUUCAAGGGCAGGCUGGAGACGUUGGGCAUAUAAUGGAGAACAUACCCUGUAGACCCUGUAGGAGGUGAGACUCAAAGGCAAGCAAGCCAGCUAAUGGGGUCAGGGUUCCUUAGCCCCCUGCUGUCCCUCUGGUCCAAUGUUGUCCCAUUGCUCAUCCGGGGAAGACAUUCCUCUGAAUUCAUUUCCUGCCCCUCUUUGCCCAGGCCCUGCUGAUGGCCAGCCCCCCUUCAGUCCAGCCCUCUACAUUGUGCUACUUCCUACCUGUUCCAUAUAGGUUCCUCUGCCCCUCAAUGAAGUCUAAGUCUCAGAAGACCCCCAUUCCAGGCAGGAUGGAGAAGAUGUGGCUUAACAGCAGUUCCCAUAAACUCAACAUAUGUCAGUCAUGAUGAUUUGUUUGCCAGAAAAAUUAAUGUGUCAACAGAAGCACGGGGAGGUAAAUGGUCCCUUUCUCCUCAGUGCAUAUCAGACAGGCUUAAUUGCACUUCAGAUCCAAGCAUCACAUUUGAAGGUGUGAGUUUUGUUCAGGUGAGGUACACGAAGGUGAGAGCUUAAAACCUGUUGAGUGGAGGGAGGUGGCUUAAAGAGCUGUCUGAGACUGGGCUGGAUGCUCACCACUUCUGCUUCCUCUUCCUGCAUACAUAGGAAAACUACCUUUCCCAGCCUCCCUUGCAGUUGGGUUGGACCAUGUGACUGGAAUCUGGCCAAUGGAGUUUGAGUAAUAUAUAUCAACCACUUCCAGACUUGGCCACAAAUGCGCAGAGAGAUCUUGUUGCUUUCCUACCCUGUGUGGUUGGAAGAAGACACCAAGAUGUUGGAACCUCUUGACAAAAGGAUCCUGAAUCACAUCCAUCACUUGGAUAGAGACUUGCCAGAAUUGGCAGCCUCUCAUUGGACUUUGCGUGAACAGGAGACAAACUUUUCUUGUUUUAAGGCACUGUGAUUUGGGGGGUUAUAUUUAUUACUAUAGUAUAAUGCAGCUUUGUCUAAUUCAAAUUUAGAGAGUUUAAUACUGAGAAGUGGGGUAAGAAAACUGUCUUUAGAUGCUAGUAUCUGAAGGACCAUGUGCCCCAGAGGCACAGUUCAUGUGCUCUAAGGUCAGUGGAGCGCAUUCAGAGUUAAGAUUUUCUCCCCAACCUUGGAAUGACUUAUCUUGGUUAGUAGCAAAUUGGUGUCAUUAGUGGUAUUUGUUCAGAAACUGGACCAUCAUUUGAGGGGGGAGGGGGUAUGUCUGUGAUAAUUCAAUGGAGAGGAAAUUGGAUAUCAUGACCUCUAUGGUACAUUCCAGCACUGCUAUCUAAUGUCUAAUCUAGCAGUGUCCCGAUAGUUGUUGAAUUAAAGCAGAUGGAAUUGAAAUCCUA